GGAAUGAGACUGGUUCCCCCAAUUCGUUUUGAGGUCCAAGAACCAGUGUAACUGAAGGUCAGCGGAGAACAAGACACUUUUAAGAACAAGAUGUUGGCUGCUCGUGUUUUGAGAUCGACAGUGUCCUGUGUUGCACCACAUGUUAGAAGAAAUAUCUCAUCAUGUUCCGUUUUAGCUCAAAAACAGAAAUCUAGUGGUGAUCCAAAUGACCUUAUACAGCAGCUAUUUAUCCAGAAAAUUAGGGAAUUUGAUAAAAAGACCAAGUCAGCAGGGGGUAAAAUGCCAGAUGUUGAUCCAUCAGUACAGGCUAAUUUAGAUAAAGAAAUGAAGAAAGUUGCUACUCAAUUUGGAGUUGCUGAAGGAAAAGAAGCAGAAUUUUCUAAAUUCCCUGCAUUUAACUUCCAAGCUGAGGAAUUACAAGUGUUUACUGAAGAACGUGGUGAUAUAACAAGAAUGUUGGUAGAACAGUGUCUUGCACCAGAUGAAUCUGAAUUAGAAAAGAACGAAGAAGACCCAAAUAUUCCAUAUUUUGACAGAUACGUUUAAAUGGACGUUUUUACUUCAAAUUUUGAAUGACAUUUCGAUGGAACACAAAUGUUUGAAUUAGUUUAAUAAGAAAUAUUUUCUGUGUAAAAAAAAAAUGAGUUUAGUUAAUGAAU